AUUGUUAUCUAACAAACACGUUUCCCUACUGAGACUAAAAAAAAUUCAAUCUGUAUGUCUCUUUUAUAGCGCUAAUCCUCCUAUUUUAUUAUUUUUUGAUACUCAACAUUACUUUCAAUUUUUCUUUUACAAAUUCAGAAAUCCAUUUCGAUAAACUUCCUCACAUUAUAUGCAAUAACACGAAGGCGAUUCCGGGCAUCGGAAACACAGUUAAAAAUGUUCUAUAAUAACAUGAAAACUUUCAUUCAGAAACUCGGUCGAGCAACGCAAAAAAAGAGCACGCAAUACAACGAUGGUCUUGUCGCACAGAAGCUGAUGUUUCAUGUCAAGGAAUCGUCCUAUCGAGUCCAUGCGCUCCGCCUACACGUAUAUCGAGCCGUCCCAGUUACGCGGAGACUCGCAACUACCGGCUGCAACACAGUCUACAUAUCUAUGCUGUCGUGUGCUUACGACUUGAUGAGGAUAAUUCAUUUGUUAAGUCGAUAAGCCGGGGCUAACUUCAGUCCUCGGGACGACUCUCCGCAUACGUCAAAUGCCAAUGCACGAGCUCUGCGAUCCAACGAGGGAAAAAUCGUGUACUCGCAGAGAAACCGCAACGAUUCAAAUCGCUCUGAUUUUAACAGUCUCGGAAAUCGAUAGAGUGUGAAGUAUGUGCCAGAGAUGACCUGCGAGUGUCGUUGACAUGGAGGAAGACACGUGGGACGUCGAGUCGUCGAAGUCUUCCGGCGACGGAGCUCACGUGCGUAGUCGUGCUAAGAAGCAUGUUUACGACGAGAACGAGAACAAGAGACGACGGGAUCUCGCGAAGAGGUUACGCCGCGAUCCGCCGAAAUCGUACGACAGCUUCGGGAGGAAAGAUGAAGUCGAGUUUUUCCGACCGCACGCAAAGUUUCUCAGGAAAAGCGGGGAGAAGCAGGAAACGGCGGAACCACUGACCGGGUUGCUGGAGAAGCAAAGGGAGAUCGAUGCGAAGGUAUUCAAACCCUUCUUCCAUGUGCCGGAGGUCAAAGAUCCACCGUGUGAAACGCCGAGAAAGAGUUGGUUUCUGAAGCAGAGACCAUUGAAAAUCUACGUGCAACCGAAGGGCAAGGUUUUGGAGAUGGAAUCGACGAACGCGUCGGUGAACAAGCCGGAGCCGCCAGUUUUUGCCGAUCAAUUAGAGCUGAUAAAAAAUCUGCUAUCCAAUCCAGACAUCGGCUUCUAUUACAUGAUCUACGCCGUUGAUCGGUCUUCGGAGUAUUUCAAUCCUUAUGCGCUCAAAGUAGUGCCCUACAAGGAAGUCGAUAAAGUAUACAUGACUAUUGGCUCCAAUGGAGUUACGCAGUACGGCCCGAGCGAAAUGACUUUCACGCCUAUCGAAUUAUGGAAGCGAGAGUACAAAUACUAUUUACUUCUCACCAAGAUUAGGACCUUUGAGAUUUUUCGAAAAUGGAAGUCGUUUUACGUGUGGAGGAAGACCGUCAAGUACAAUAAAAUCAGGAUCGCCGUGAACUACAUCAACAAGAACCUAUUUUUCUGCGACGCGAUGCUGUGCAGAGCUUUGAUCGAAAUCAGGGCUAUGUGUAGCGUUUUUUUGAACUCCUCACUUGUGGAUACAUCCAAAGUCGAGAAACUCCCCCUAUUCGAUUUUGUUGAACUGCAAUUUGCCAAACUAGAAUCCUUGAAGGAAAGGAUCAAGGAAUUCAGGACGUCGGCUGUAAAUAUUUUAUACGACGCUUGCCUGAACUCUCUAGCAGCCGAUGGGUUUACACCAGACGAUUCCAACAUAACGAUCGAACAGACUGCUCUUGGUAAAACGGGUGGAAAAUUUAGGAUGCCAAAGGACGGCGUAUUGAAGAUGAGCUACAUAGAGCAAGCAAAAAAGCGAGAAAAAUGUUCGCGACUUUCUUGCUUCAUUCACGUCGUUGAUUACUACCAGUUAGCUAUGAUGCAGACUCUUCUACGAAACACUUACACUGAAUUACUAGAGGUUCUCGAAGAUCAUACUAUGUACUUGCCACCUGCUACGGAAUAUGAAAAUGCCAAUGUUGAUUAUACGCUGCAGUGUAAGAGGCCAUCGAAUCACCGGAUACAGCAUCCAUAUUUCGUGGUGGACGUAUUGAUAAAACCCGAAAAUGGAAUCGUGUUGGAUCCGUCGGAAGAUAUUUUCUGGCAUGUCUUAAACACCUUGCAAUCGAUGUGGGAAGAGAGCUUACAGCAGAUUAACCCAUUACUCUCUGACGAGAUCUUUCAUCCGUUCACCAGACCACUGAUAAACAAUAGAAGGGAAGAACCAACGUGCGGUGACCCACCGAACGUUUUAACCGUAUUCAGCGAAGAUCCAAAGAUGAUGGAUUUCAAGGCGAGAUUUAAAAAUACACUCGAAGAGAAUUUCAACGCAGUCAAGAAGUACUGCGAUCGCUUCGCGCACAUUUAUAGCUUCUACGAGGAAGACACGAGCUUCGACGAAAGCGCGAUUCGCGAGAACGAAAAAUGCGACAUUUUUCGCAAAUGGUGCGAGCGCUACCGAACCGAAGAGGAAGAGAUCAACGGUAUCGUCGAAGUUCAGCCUCUUGGAAUUUUUCACAUCCAGCUUGAACGCUUCAAAAUUUCCGCAUUGCCGGCGCCCAACCAAAAACAACUGGUCCUCGCCGAUGUUAUGCCGAAACUCGGUAAACUACGCGUCGAUGCUCUGCAAGAAGAAGCAACGGAAGCUAUCGACUAUUUGGAAUCCGAUCCGGUAUCCACUGACGAUUACGUGGAGUACAUAAAAUUCGUGGAUCGAGCACAACAGAAAGUCGAUAACAUGGAAGCUCAACUUGAUUACGUGAAAGAGCUUUACGAUAUCAUGGAAGAGUACAAAAUUCCCGUACCGACGGAAGACAUGACGAAUUAUUUGGGAAUCAGCGUUCAUUUCACCACUUUGCGACUCUCGGUUGACAAGCGCCUCGAGGAGAGAACGAAAUUGAUAACCAAAUUCAACACGCAAAUUCAGAAAGACAUAGGCGUUCUUAUCGAUAAAAUCCAAAUGAUCAACGACGAAGUAACCGAAUCCUGGCUUCUCGAGCCCGAGAGUAACGCCGAAGUCUGCCUGGAAACGCUGAAGGAUCUCAACGAUCGGCUAACCGACUGUUCGAAUCUCGCGAACGACUAUCGCACCCACCAAAAGACCUUCAAAGUCGAGAUGACGCGCUUCGAAAUUCUCGAUCAGGUGGUGAACGAAGUGAAACUGCGCAUACUUCUAUGGGAGAGUCUUGCGACGUGGGAUGACACCGUCGCCACCUGGUACGAGACUGAUUUCGAGACUCUCAACGUCGAGGAAAUCACGGCGUUCGUCAUGCGAAACCUCAAGAAUAUCGUGCAGCUGGAGAAGGGACUGCCCGAGAACAAUAUACUGCCGGCAUUGAAAGAAAAAGUCGAAACAAUGAAAGACAAGCUCCCGACAAUUGGCUACCUGCGUAAUCCGAAUCUCCGCCCACGUCACUGGCUGAAGAUCGAGAACCUCUUGAGCCACAAAUUCAAACCCGACGAAGCCACGACUUUGCAGGAACUGGAAAAGCUCGGAGUCUUUAAGUACCCGAACGAGUUGAUGGAGAUCGCCGGAGCCGCGAGUUCCGAGGCGGGGCUAGAGGCAAUGCUGAAAAAAAUCGAAGAUGCCUGGAAGAGCCUCGACUUCGUCGUUUUGCCCCACAAGGAAACGAAGGACGUGUUCGUGCUGGGAUCUCUGGAGGAGGUUCAGACAGCGUUAGACGAUAGUAACAUAUCGAUCCAGACUAUAGCAGCGUCGAGGCACGUGGCGCCUAUUAAGCCCAGGGUUGACGAUUGGCUCAAGAGGCUGGAGUUGUUUGGAAAAACUUUGGAAGCAUGGCAGUAUUGCCAGCAACAGUGGACAUAUCUCGAGGCUAUCUUCUCGGCGCCAGACAUACAGAGACAGCUUCCCAUCGAGUCCAAGCUCUUCAUCGUUGUAGAUAAGUCGUGGAAAGAAAUAAUGAGAAAAACGGCCAAGAUGCCGCUAGCUUUAGAGAACUGUACACAGCCAGGUUUGUACGAGCAACUCCUGGAAAACAAUCGGAAUCUCGAUCAGAUUCUGAAGUGCCUCGAAGCGUACUUGGAGACGAAGCGAAUCGCAUUUCCCCGGUUCUUUUUUUUGUCCAACGAUGAGCUGCUUGAAAUUCUGGCACAGACAAGAAAUCCUCACGCCGUGCAAAGGCAUUUGCAAAAGUGCUUCGACGCGAUAUUUCGGCUGGAAUUCGGUGCGAGCGAAGCUGGUCCGAUGGGUCAGAAAAAGCUGUCAAACGACAUUGUUGCGAUGAUUUCACCGGAGGGCGAACGCGUGGAACUCGGAAAGGGUUUGAAGGCACGAGGUAACGUGGAAGACUGGCUGGGAAAAGUCGAGGCCGCGAUGUUCGCCAGUUUGAAGAAGCGAAUGAAGGAGGCUAUGGUGGAUUACACGAAAAACGGGAGGCAGACUGUGCUGUGGAAUUAUCCGUCUCAGAUAGUCCUAACUGUGUCGCAAAUAUAUUGGACAAAAGAUGUGCAUAUGAACUUAGAAUCCGGAGAAAAUGUUCAUCUGAAUAUGAAAGCUUUCGAACAAAAAUGUUACGAGAAUCUCAAUGAACUGGCAGCAAUGGUUCGCGGAGAACUGCCAAAACUAGUACGCGACGUCAUUAUCAAUUUGAUCACAGUCGACGUGCAUGCCAGAGACAUUAUCACGGUUCUUGUGGAAAACAAAAUAUCAUCAAGCGCAAGCUUCGAUUGGAUGAAAGCUCUCCGAUAUUACUGGGACGAAAGCGUAGACAACUGUCUCGCAAGAAUGAGCAACGCCGAGUAUACUUACGGUUACGAGUAUCUCGGAGCUCAAAGGAGACUUGUGAUCACUCCCUUGACCGACAAAUGCUACCUCUGUCUCAUGGGUGCACUGCAAUUGGACUUGGGUGGAGCACCAGCUGGUCCAGCUGGUACAGGCAAAACAGAAACGACCAAGGACUUGGCGAAAGCUCUGGCCAUACAGUGCGUUGUGUUCAACUGCUCCGAAGGACUCGAUUAUAAAAUGAUGGGUCGAUUCUUCUCCGGCCUCGCCACAUCCGGUGCUUGGUGCUGCUUCGAUGAAUUCAAUCGUAUUGACAUAGAAGUACUUUCCGUCAUCGCGCAACAACUUAUCACAAUACGCAAUGCUAAGGUCGCUCGAGCCAAAGAAUUUAUGUUCGAAGGUCGUAAAAUCAAGCUAGUCAGAUCGUGCGCAACAUUCAUUACCAUGAAUCCUGGUUAUGCAGGUCGUACCGAGUUGCCUGACAACUUGAAAUCGCUGUUUCGGCCGAUUUCAAUGAUGGUACCUGAUUACAAACUCAUUGCUGAAGUUACACUGUACUCGGAAGGAUUCGAAUCCUCGAAACCUUUGUCCAAAAAGAUGACACUGCUGUACACUCUCUGUAGCGAGCAAUUGUCACAGCAAGAUCACUACGAUUUUGGAAUGAGGGCAGUAAAGAGUGUGCUAGUAAUGGCGGGAAGCUUGAAGCGCGAAAAUCCUGAUAAGAAGGAGGACGUAGUUCUCAUAAGAGCCUUGAGAGACAGUAAUUUGCCGAAAUUCUUGGCAGACGAUGCUGAGCUCUUCCAGGGCAUUCUUGGUGAUCUGUUUCCGGGAAUCGAGAUUCCCGAGGAAGACUAUGGCGUUCUCCAGCAGACGGCAGUAACUAUAAUGAAAGAAGCUGGACUACAACCCGAGGGCUGUUCCAUCAAAAAAGUCAUUCAAUUGCACGAAACGAUGCGCGUGAGACACGGUGUCAUGUUAGUUGGGCCCACUGGUUCUGGCAAGUCUACAGUUCUCCGCACGCUGCGAGACACGUACACCAGACUUCACGAAAUGGAGGUCCCUAGUCCAUAUUACCGAACGGUACACAUGUACGUAUUGAACCCUAAAGCCGUGACCAUUGGAGAACUCUACGGUGAAAUCCAUGCUGCAUCGAACGAAUGGCACGAUGGGUUAUUGGGAGUCAUAAUUCGUCAUGCAUGCGGGGCUACAACGGACGAUCACCAAUGGGUCGUCUGCGACGGGCCAGUCGACGCUGUCUGGAUUGAAAAUAUGAACACCGUGUUGGACGACAAUAAAAUGCUGUGUCUGGCGAAUUCCGAAAGAAUAAAAUUCACACCGUACGUCCACAUGAUUUUCGAAGUAGCUGAUCUGGCGCAAGCUUCUCCGGCUACAGUGAGCCGAUGUGGUAUGGUUUACCUUGACCCAACGGAAUUGAAGUGGUUACCGUACGUGAAAACGUGGAUAGCCGACGUUUCAGAAAAGUUAGAACGACGAGAUGUACCGAUUUUGCUGCUGGAGCUUUUCGAAAAAUAUGUAGAGGACGGAUUUACGUUCUUCAAAAAGUACUGUGACCACGCCAUGUCUCAGGUUGACAUCAGCAAAGCCAACAUGUUGUGCGCACUUCUCGAAAGCAUAAUUUUGGAACCAGGCGCCAUUGACAAAACCGCAGACUCUUCAAAAGUUAAAACCUUCGUCACCCAAGCUUUCGUAUUUUCCUACAUGUGGGCAAUCGGUGGAAACAUCUUGGACAAUUCUCGCGAAGCUUUCGAGCUUUUUGUCAAGGAUCAAUUCGAGGAGAAUGCAGACGCUCGGAUACCGUCAUCGGGUGACUUAUGGGGACUUUUCGUGAACACUUCGGAUCGACGUAUGGACGUUUGGUCAAAACUCAUGCCAACUUUCUCCUACGAUUCAGAGCAGCCUUUCUUCGAAAUUCUGGUUCCUACUGUGGACACUGUUCGGUUCGGCUACGUCAUGCAAAAAUUGAUCCAAGUCAACAAGCCCGUGCUUUUCACUGGCGGCACAGGCAUCGGCAAAUCCGUGAUCGCUAAAAUGGUUCUCAAUACCUUGGAAAAUACGGGCGAUUGGGUGCCCAUAGUCCUGAACUUCUCGGCGCAGACGAGCAGCGGCCGGACGCAGGAGAUCCUCGAGCUGAAGCUCGAAAAAAAGCGAAAAACCGCAAUAGGUGCACCGGUUGGCAAACGGGUCUGUUUGUUCGUCGAUGACGUGAACAUGCCGAAAUUAGACAGCUACGGAUCGCAACCGCCGAUCGAACUGCUCAGGCAAAUCUUGGACAGCGGAGGUCUUUACGACAGAGACAAGCUUUUUUGGAAAGACAUCCAAGACGUCGUGUUGACGACAGCUUGCGCCCCACCAGGAGGCGGGAGAAAUCCACUGACAGCUCGGUUUGUCAGGCACUUUGGAAUGUUGGUCAUUCCGGCACCGACGGAGGAUUCCUUGAAAUCAAUCUUUAGGUCCAUCAUGAGAGGUUUCUUGAAAGACUUCACGCAGCCGAUUAUAGACAUCGGAGAUAGAAUCGUAGGUGCCGCAGUUGAAAUAUACGGCAGAAUAGCCGAGGAUCUACUGCCGACGCCGGAGAAGAGUCAUUAUAUUUUCAAUCUCCGCGAUUUGUCGAAAUGCAUCCAAGGAAUUUUGCAAGCCGAUUCUUCCAUAGUCCGAGAAACCAAGCAGAUGCUGAGGCUCUUCUACCACGAAUGUCUGCGAGUCUUCCACGACCGUUUGAUAAACACCCAAGACAAGAGCUACUUCUACCGACUGCUAUCCGGCAUCUGCUCGCACAGCUUCAACGACGAAGUGGUCCCGCUUCCCGCGGAGGAAAUCAUCUCGCAACCUCCUCUCCUUCUAUUCGGCGACUUCCUCGUCUUCGGAGCUGAACGUGACCAGCGCGUCUACGAGGAAAUCGUGGACAUCGAUCGAGCCAAAAGUGUACUCCAGGACUAUCUGGACGACUACUGUAUGGUCACGUCGAAAGAGAUGAGUCUGAUCUUCUUUAUGGAUGCAGUGGAGCAUCUCUGUAGACUCGCGAGGAUCUUGAGGUCCGAAAGGGGAAAUGGACUACUGGUCGGAGUUGGCGGAAUGGGAAAGCAGAGCUUGACCCGACUCGCCUCACACAUGAACGGAUACCGCUGCCAUCAAAUAGAAGUAAGUCGAGGCUACGACAAAAACUCUUGGCACGACGAUCUGCGAAGAUUCUACUUCAGACCCGGCGCCUUCGCGGAAGCGGCUACUUUUCUCUUCACGGAUACACAAAUCGUCGUCGAAGAAUUUCUCGAGGAUAUCAAUAACACUUUGAACUCGGGAGAAGUUCCGAAUCUCUUCGAAGCGGAGGAAUUAGAAAGAGCCAUCAUCGCUACACGACCAGCGGCCAAAGAAGCAGGAAUCAGCGAAGGCAACAGAGACGCGAUCUAUCAGUUUUUCAUUGGUCGCGUGAGAAAUCACCUGCAUUUGAUGCUGUGCAUGAGUCCAGUAGGAGAUGCGUUCAGGCGUCGCUGCCGAAUGUUUCCUUCUUUGGUGAAUUGCUGCACGAUCGACUGGUUUUCGAAGUGGCCUAACGAGGCCCUUCUCUCCGUUGCUGUCAAGUCGAUUAGUUCCGUGAUCGUCGACGACGAGGCAAAAGUUCAUUCCCUCGCUUCUAUUUGCGUUUUGAUGCACGAGAGUGUCGAAGAUGCUACAGUGCGAUUUUUCGAAGAGAUGAGGAGGAGGUAUUACACAACGCCCAGUAGCUAUCUGGAUCUGCUGAAGCUUUAUCUGAGUACACUCGGAAAGAAAACUAUGAAGAUUGAGACGAUGAAAAGCAGAAUAGCCAAUGGCCUCAAUAAAUUGAAAGAGACCAACGAAAUGGUAGCCGUGAUGAAGCAGCAAUUAAUAGCACUGGGGCCACAAUUGAAAAUCAAUUCGGAGGAAGUGUCGAAACUGAUGAAAAUUGUCGAGAAACAGAAAACAGAAGCCGACAAAGUCCGAACCGUCGUCGCCGCCGAUGAAGCAGUGGCAAAGGCAAAAGCUGACGAAACCGGCGCUCUAGAAGCAGACGCAAGAAAGGAUUUGGAAGCUGCACUGCCUGCACUGGAAGAGGCUCAGAACGCCCUUGCAGCGCUCAAUAAAAAUGACAUUAACGAGAUUAAGGUCUUCAAUAAGCCACCGCAAUUGGUGCGCUUCGUUAUGGAGGCGGUUUGCUUGCUGCUCGGCGAAAAAACGAACUGGCAAACGGCUAAAUUAGUUCUUGGAGAUGUCCGCUUCCUGGACCGGCUGAUGGCCUACCCGAAAGACGAAAUCAGCGACAAGCUUCUGAAAAAACUGCAAGAGUACGUGACUCACAAGGAUUUCCAGCCCGACAUCGUGGCCAAACAGAGCAAAGUGUGCAAAUCGAUUUGCAUCUGGGUGAGAGCGAUCGACGGUUACGCCAAGAUCUUCCGAGUCGUUCAGCCGAAACGUCAGAGGCUGGAACAAGCGGCGAGCGAAUUGCGAGCUAUCGAGGAAGUCCUUCACGCGAAGCAAAAAGCGCUCGCUGACGUCGAGAAGCAAAUCAGAGAUUUACAGAGUCAAUACGAUGCAGCGGUUAAGCGUCUAGGUGAUCUCGAGUACAAUAUCGCAUUGAGCGAAGCUCGAUUGGGCAGAUCCGGUAGAUUAACGUCGGCUCUGGCUGACGAAGAAGUUCGAUGGAUCGAGGAAAUGGAAGAAUUCGACAAAGAAAUCGGCAACCUAACAGGCGACACCUUGGUAGCAGCCGGUGGUCUAGCUUACCUCGGAGCUUUCACGAGCGCCUAUCGCGAACAGCUGCUCGGUAUCUGGUUAUCGCGUUGCCGCGAACAGAAUAUCGAUACCACGGCAAACUUCAGUUUGAUCACCGUACUUGCCGAUCCCUACGAGAUUCGUAUGUGGAACACGUUCGGGCUACCGAGAGACCAAGUCAGCACCGAAAACGCGAUCCUCGUGACGCAGGCUGGCAGGUGGCCCUUAAUGAUCGAUCCCCAAGAACAGGCGAAUCGCUGGAUUAGAAACAUGGAAAUGCAAAAUCAAUUGAAGAUUUGCAAGAUGACCGACUCGAACUUCAUGAGGCUCAUGGAAGCUUGCAUAAGAACGGGAGCUCCGAUACUGCUUCAAGAAGUCGGCGAAACUUUGGAUCCGAGUUUGGAGCCGAUAUUGCUGAAGCAAACCUUCGUGCAGGGAGGAAGAACAAUCAUUCGACUCGGCGACAAUGACGUGGAAUACGAUUCCAAUUUCCGUCUGUACAUCACUACGAAAAUGGCGAAUCCGCAUUAUCUGCCUGAGAUUUGCAUCAAAGUUACGAUCGUCAACUUUACCGUGACCCCGAGCGGAUUAGAAGAUCAAUUACUGGCAGACGUCGUCCGACUAGAAAAGCCGGAGCUCGAGAAAAUGCGCAACGAGCUGAUAGCCCAAAUAAACGCCGACAAGACUCAGCUGAUGAACAUCGAAGACAAGAUCUUGACUCUACUAUUCAGCUCCGAGGGCAACAUCCUGGACAACGAGGAGCUGAUUGAGACACUGAACGAAAGCAAAGAGACCUCGGCGAUUAUCGCGUCGCGUCUCGUUGAAACCGAGGCCACCGAGGAGGAGAUCUCCGUCGCUCGGGAGAAGUACCGAAGCGUAGCGACGAGGGGCUCGGUACUGUACUUCGUCGUGGCGAAUCUCGCUGUCAUCGAUCCGAUGUAUCAGUUUUCGCUGAAGUACUUCAAUCAGAUCGUCAACAAUGUCAUCGAAACGAGCGAGAAGACGAACGAUCUAUCCAAGCGUUUGCUUAUUCUCUACGACGAGAUAACUCUAGCGGUUUACACUAUCGUGUCACGUGGACUGUUCGAGCGACAUAAGAUUGUCUUCAGUUUUAUGACGAGCGUAGCGAUACUUUUGAACGACGGAAUUAUCAAUUAUACGCAGUGGAAUUUCCUACUUCGCGCUCCCGAGCAGAUAAAAACGGCGAAAAAACCAGACUAUGCAACUCUGACCGAUACCAUGUGGAAUUCUGCCAAUUACUUGGCAACGAAUUUCCAGAGCUUCGAAAAGCUCAUGUCUGACGUGUUUAGGAAAAUCCCACUGAGAAUAGAAUACUACGAAGAAGAAAUCAAUAUCCUGCCUAGUAACAAUGCCAAAGCUCAACACAGUUGGAACACGCUCCUCACCGACAUCGAAAAGCUCAUGUUGCUAAAAGCUCUGAAGGAAGAAAAGCUAAUCUUCGGGAUCACGGCGUUCGUGAAGAAGAAUCUUGGCCAGAAAUUCGUUGAGUCGCCAUUGAUAUCUCUUCAAGUAUUGUAUCCAGACACGUCGAAGGUCACACCCUUGGUCUUCGUCCUAAGCACCGGUUCGGACCCAUUCAGUUCCUUCCUGAAGUUCGCCUACGAAAUGGGCUUCUCGGAUAGAUACGAGUCGAUAUCCCUGGGUCAAGGCCAGGGUCCGAUAGCCGAAAGCCUCAUCAGGCGUGGCUGUUCGAAUGGUUCCUGGAUCUUUCUUCAGAACUGUCACUUGGCCACAUCUUGGAUGCUGUCACUUGAGAACCUCGUGGUCGAGAUCGUAGAACAAGCCGAUUCGGUGCACGAGGACUUUAGGCUGUAUCUCAGUUCAAUGCCCAGUACCGCGUUCCCUGUCUCGGUUCUUCAGAACUCGGUCAAAGUGACCAACGAACCACCCAAGGGACUCAAGGCUAACGUUAAGAGGGCGUUUUUCGAGAUCGACGAGGAGUUGUUCGAGCAAAAUGAACUGGAAGAAAAAUGGAGACGCAUGAUCUUCGGAGUCUGCUUCUUCCACGCGAUCAUACAAGAGAGAAAGAAGUUUGGCCCGCUGGGCUGGAACAUCAUCUACGAGUUCAGCGACAACGACAGGGAAUGCUGCUUGUUGAACUUGAAAAUGUUCUGCGUGGACGGUAAAAUACCUUGGGACGCUUUGAUUUAUACAACAGGUGAAAUCACUUACGGCGGAAGGAUCACGGACAAUUGGGACUUGCGCUGCUUGAAAACAAUAUUGGAGGGCUUCUUCUCUCCAAAAACUCUAGAUCCAGACUACGUUUAUUCACCGUCUGGGACGUAUUACUGUCCGUCUUACGAGAGCCUUGACGAGUACCGCGAAUUCAUUGAUGAUUUUCCAAUAAUAGAAGACCCGGAAAUCUUCGGGAUGCACGAAAACGCUAAUAUUGCUUUUCAACUAAAGGAAUCUAAAACGAUCGUGGAAACGAUAAUGGACGUUCAACCGAAAGUUGGUAUCGGAAAAGAAGGAAAAUCCGAGUCGGAGAUCGCUUACGAGCUGGCAGAUAUGAUAAUGGAAAAAAUCGCUCUCAAAAUAGAUAUCGACAUGUGCAAUCCAAAACAUCUAGAUAAAGACAGCGCGGGACGUUUGCCGUCGCUGACAGUUGUUUUGCUGCACGAAGUUGAAAGAUACAAUAUUUUACUGACGAGAAUUCAUUCAUCUAUGGAAAAUCUGCAAAGAGCGAUCAAGGGAUUUGUUGUCAUGUCCGAGGAACUCGAAAACGUUUUCAGGUCUCUUGUCAAUAAUCAAGUGCCUCAAAUAUGGCAUAACAUGAAUGUUUAUCCAUCAUUGAAAACUUUGGGAAGUUGGAUAAGAGAUUUAGAGCUUAGAAUCGAUUUUAUACAGACUUGGUUAACAGACAAGAAACCUGUUUCGUUUUGGCUGUCUGGUCUAUCUUUUCCACAAGGAUUCAUAACUGGCAUGUUGCAAACACAUGCUAGAAAAUACAAUAUCCCAAUUGAUCAUCUAAAAUUAGACUUCAAAGUCACAGAUGUAGUUCUUGAUCAAGAAGAUAUUGAAACGGCUCAUAAAGAAGCAGGCAAAGAAGUUUCCAGUAUUUACAAAGACUUACAAGUACCGCAAGAUGGAAUACUUGCUCAUGGGCUCUUUGUAGAUGCUGGCAAAUGGGAUACUAAAUUUAAAAUCCUAGUCGAUGCAAGUAGAGGAGAGAUGAAUCCUGCAUUACCAGUUAUACACAUUCUUCCAGUACUGACUCUGCCAGAAAAUGAUCCCAGAUAUGUUUGUCCACUGUACAAAACAAGCAUAAGAGCUGGAGUUUUGUCAACUACUGGACACAGUACAAACUUUGUAAUGCCCGUACUUCUUCCUUCUGCUCGAAAACAAUCCUACUGGAUACUCAAAGGCACAGCCUUGUUGAUUCAAGUUACAAACUAGGAAUUAAAUGAUUUAUUUGUUAAUUGAAAAAACUUGGCAAAGUUAUGCAAAACAUUAAUAAAGUAUUUAUAUUUAAACAGACUUGUUACAAACCUUUCAUUCAAGAAAUACAAAAUCGAUAAUGCCAAACACACUGAAUAUGGAAUAAUGUAUGUAAUAUUAAUGUUGAUAUCACUCAAUAAAUUAAUGUGUCAAUGGUGUAAGUAAAAAAGCAUUCUGCAUGAGUUUAACUCAACUAAUAACAAACAAACAAUACCAAAAAAA